AUGAUGAAGCUGAGAUCGAGGAGGCUAUUCAAGAGCAGCAGCAGCAGCAGCAGCAGCAGCAGCAGCUCCAAGAACGGCGGUGGCGUCGCCGCCGGCCGUGGGGAGAUUAAAUGGGAGCUCCGCCCCGGGGGGAUGCUAGUGCAGAAGAGGGACGACGGCGGCGGCGGCGGCGGCGGCGGCGAGGUGAUCACGGUGAGAGUCUCCGCCGGCGCGCAGGGGCAUGACGUCUGCAUCGAAGCCACCUCCACUUUCGGUGAGCCCUCUCCUUCUUCUUCCUCCACUUUCGGAGAAGACUACGAGGGGCUGAGCUUUCGGGGGCGAUGGGGUUUUUGCAGGGGAGCUAAAGGCGGUGCUGUCCAUGGUGACGGGGCUGGAGCCGGCGGCGCAGAGGCUGCUCUACAAGGGCAAGGAGAGGGAGGACGGGGAUUUCCUCCACAUGACGGGAGUGAAGAACAUGGACAAGGUGCUGCUGCUGGAGGACCCCGCCGCCAAGGAGAUGAAGCUGCAUGCCCUGAGGAAGACGACCCACCCGCCCAUCGGAUCUCCCCUCCCCACCAUCAAGGUUUAG